GUGUUUGUCUACGCGAACGCAACGAGUUCGUCCCGCACAAUGUGGCGUUUCCUGCUGACGCUGUCAUGCUGCCUACUCGGCGCCUACUGCCAACAGGUCAACAAGUUCCCAGAUGGUUUCCUUCUGGGGGCAGCAACAGCGUCCUACCAGGUGGAGGGCGCUUGGAAUGAAAGUGGUAAAGGAGAGAAUAUUUGGGAUCGACUGACCCACGAGCACCCAGACUGGAUAGCUGACGGUUCCAACGGGGACAUUGCCUGCGACUCCUACCACAAGUACCAGGAGGACGCGGAGCUGGUAGCAAACAUCGGGUUUGAUGUUUACCGCUUCUCCCUGUCAUGGUCGCGGUUGUUACCAUCCGGAGAUUGGGACGUAGUAAACCCAGCUGGUAUAGAGUAUUACAACAACCUCAUAGACGCUCUGCUGGAAAGGAAUAUUCAGCCCUUAGUGACGCUCUUCCAUUGGGACCUCCCACAGAAACUGCAAGACAUCGGUGGAUGGCCAAAUCCCAGGAUCGCUGACUACUUCGAAGAGUAUGCGAGACUGGCUUUCGAGAACUUCGGCGACAGAGUGAAAUGGUGGCUCACUUUCAACGAACCGAACGUGAUGUGUACUGGCUACGGGGAAGAAAGGCAGAAGGCUCCCGCAAUCAACGCCCACGGCUUCGGAGAGUACAUGUGCGGGUAUACACUUCUGCUAGGGCACGCCAGAGCGUACAGGCUCUAUGACUCAGAGUACCGUGCAACUCAGAAUGGUAGUGUCGGCAUUACCCUCAACUCGGACUUCUACGAGCCGGCUUCUGACAGUCAGGCGGACAUCGACGCCGCGGAGCGGGCACAGCAGUUCCACCUCGGGUGGUUUGCGCACCCCAUAUUCUCGGAAGAGGGAAACUACCCCGCAGUUAUGAUAGAGCGGGUAGACAAUAACAGCUUGGAGGCAGGCAUCUGGAUAUCACGGCUGCCGAAGUUCACUGCUCAGGAAAUAGAGGAUCUGAAAGGAUCUGCGGACUUCUUUGGUCUCAACCACUAUUCUACUUAUCUGGUAACGGAUGGUUUGUCUGGCCAGGAACCGUCCAUCCUGCAUGAUACGGGAGUAAUCAAGACUGUAGACCCAAGCUGGCCCGUGUCCGCAUCUUCUUGGCUGAAGGUCGUUCCCUGGGGUUUCCGUAAGCUGCUUAACUGGAUUGCAAGAAACUAUAACAACCCACCUGUUUUCGUAACUGAAAACGGUUUCUCAGACAGAGGAACACUGAAUGACACGGACCGCCAAGAAUAUUAUAAGCAAUACCUGGCACAAUUGCUGAUGGCCGUAAACAUCGACGGAAACAACGUCAUUGGUUACACAGCAUGGAGCUUAAUGGACAACUUCGAAUGGAUGAGCGGCUACACGGAGAAAUUUGGCAUCUACCACGUGGACUUCGAAAGUCCCAACAGGACACGCACUCCCAAAGGGUCUGUGGAGAUGUUCCAGAACAUUGCGGCUACGCGCGAAAUCCCAGAGAGCUACUUCAACUCUACUACGUCCUCCGAAACGUCUACUUCGUCCACCGAAACGUCUACUUCGUCCAAUGAAACGUCUGCUGCGAUGCGGCUUGGAGUGCACCUCUGGGUAGCAGCGUUGAUCGCUGUUGUCCAACUGAUGUUUGGGGUUUUUAUCUAAACUAAAAUUCCGAGAACAGUCUCCCCGCGUGACUGAGUGUAACUACUAUCAGUGAAACAGAAUGUGAUUUCAACUAUUUUGUGUUAUCAUUCCGCUUUGAGCAACAUAUUCUUCCUCAUCGUGUAACUUAACCACCUGUCUGCUUCUCUCUAAGUGAUUAUUCCUAAAACUGUAUACCAGACCUUCUCAAAAAUGAUUAUCAAACAAAUUAAUAGCUUACUCAAAUACGAGUAAUGUGCACAACUUACGAUUUGCUCAACACUGUCUGCAAAUUGAAGCUAACUGUUUCUGGAAAGAAGCAGUGCUACUCUGAAUGUAAUCCGAAUUCCGAAAUAAAUGUGUAGGUGAACUUACAAAGAA